AUGGAGAGUAGUGGACCUCUACUUUUCUUGUUCCCAAAAUGCCUAAUCAAUCCCUUUCUCCUCCCCCUCCUCUUCCUUCUCUUCUUGUCCAUCCCCUCAAUCACCUCUGCAAACCCUCAAAUUAUCUACUCCGAGUACUGCAUCGACGUCGUCCGGGAGUCCUCCCCAUCCUCCACCCAGCCUCUCACGGAAGACCCCAUAAAGCUCACGAUUUCUAACGCCCGCUUCACAUUCUCUUCAGGAAAACAUGACGAACCGCACCCGUCAAUGUACAACUUCCCCAAGAAGCUGCGUUUCACCACGAGAAGUGCUCAGAGGACCCAGAACGACGGGGUUUUCAAAGUGGACGGAGGCGUGGAUUUGCGGGGUUUUCGGCUUCAGGGGCAUAUCAGCAAUCACAACCGCCGUGGCCUCAGAAUCGUUGUUUACCGGCCACACAGAACGCCGGUGGAUCCUUUUUACGUCGACGAUGAAGUUCACGACUUUUACCUGAGUGGGUUUUGGAAUUCCACCUCUGGGAAGCUCUGUAUGGUGGGGUCAGGUGAGGAGAGGAGGUAUCGCUCUCUUUUUGCAGUUUUUAAGGUUAACUAUCCCAAUGCGUCCAGUAUUUUCAAUAGCUAUGUCAAUGGUACAUUGGAACUUUUGACUGUGGAUAGUAAACUUGUCGGAUCUUUGAAUGUUUUAGGUCUGAAUUCGAGGGGUUAUGUGUAUAAAUUGAUUAACAAAGAAAUUGAGAAAAAUGUGUUCAAGCGAUUUGAUGAUUUGUCGAAUGGGUCGCUGGGAUUAAGGGGGACAGAUCAAGUUUGUCAGUUGAUUGGGAGAGCUAGGUUUUUGGAUUUGGACUAUAAAAGUAAUUGUGAAAGUGUGAACUGUAAUGUUGUCCAUGGGGGAAAAGGGGAUAAUGCAUUGCCGAGCAGUAUGACUUUUGAUAAGAUAGAGUGUCUGGAGAAUGGUUAUGUGAGGUACUUGUUGCAAUUUGGAACUGCUCAGAUGAAGUUAUCUUCCGAACCUAAUGAGACUUUAGUUGCUGAGGGGAAGUGGGAUGGUGCGAAGAAGAGGCUUGACAUGGUUGCUUGUCGAACUGUGGAUGGUCAAGGCACUGUUGGGGAUUGUUCGAUUCGAUUGAGUUUGAGAUUCCCAAUGGUGUUAUCAGUAAGGCAAAGAAAUUCUCUGGUUGGGGAGAUAUGGAGUAGUAGAAGCCCGAAUGAAUCGGGUUAUUUUGGUAGAGUUGAAUUUGGGAGUAGGAUGCGAAGAGUUAUGAGACCUGUUGGGGUGAGGUAUGAAUAUACCAAGAUUGAGAAUGCAAAGACAUCUUGUGCUGGGAAGACGAAACAUGAUGGAGGCAAAGGUGGGAAAUUUCCCAAUGCACUGUCACGUGAUAUGGGUUUUGUCAUGUCUGUGAGAAACCAAAAAGGAGAAAGUGUUUCUGGGUACACUUCUCCCCUGUUCGUGGGCGAUAAACAUUUUAGCCGAGAUGGAGCAUUUGGAGAGGGUGAGUCUACAGGCCAGGUGAGCUACAGCCAAGGUAAUUUGGUUAACAUCAGCUAUGAAUUAGUAUUUCGCCCUCUACAUGGUUUAAAUAUUAGUCGUGAACUUCCUUCAUUCAGUUCACUGCGAAUAUCUGCUGAGGGAAUAUAUGAUUCAAAUCUUGGGCACCUUUGCAUGGUCGGCUGUUUGUAUGUUCCAUUACCUUAUGUGAAAUUUGGGAGAAAUUCUUCUCUGGACUGUGAAAUCCUCGUUGACAUACAGUAUCAUGAGCUGAAUGCAAAAGUUGGAAAAGUUGUCAAUGGAACCAUACAAAGCAAGAGAAUGAAGUCUGACCCUCUUUAUUUUGAGCCACUUGAGAUUGUUUCACGCUCCCUGUAUAAAAGUCAAGCCAAAGAAUCUUUAUGGACAAUGGACCUGGAGAUGACCAUGGUUCUGGUUUCCAAUACAUUGGCAUGCAUCUUUGUAGGAUUGCAGCUAGUUUAUGUGCAAAAGCAUCCAAAAAUGCUCCCGUUGAUUUCUGUUUUGAUGUUGACUGUGGUGACCCUGGCUCACAUGAUUCCACUGCUCUUGAAUUUUGAAGCUCUUUUUUUGUCGAACCGCAAUAGGCAGAAUGUAUAUCUUGGUAGUGAUGGUUGGCUGGAGGUAAAUGAGGUAUUAGUAAGAGUCAUUACAAUGGUGGCUUUCUUGUUGGAGUUUCGUCUUCUUCAGCUGACUUGGUCUGCAAAAGCCAAAGAUGAAAGCCGGAAAACCCUCUGCAUCUCAGAGAAGAAGGCUUUCUUCUUGUGCCUGCCCCUGUACUUGGGUGGUGGUUUAAUUGCUUGGUUUGCUCAUCCGUCAUCAACGUCUCAUGUAAAGGCUUUAUCAUUCUUGCCAGACUACAAACCUCACCCUCAAAGGCAGUCUUUUUGGGGAGACCUGAAGUCUUUUGCCGGUUUGAUACGGGAUGGUUUUCUGUUCCCUCAGGUUCUCUUCAAUUUGUUUUGUGACACCAGAGAGAGGGCUCUUGCUCCUUCCUUUUAUGUUGGGACCACUUUGGUGCGCUUGUUACCUCAUGUCUAUGAUCUUUACAGGGCUCACAGUUCUGUAUUAUUUUCGCUUAACAAGAUAUAUGCGAAUCCGAGACUGGAUUACUACUCCACUGCCUGGGAUAUCAUAAUCUGUGGUGUUGGUCUCUUGUUAGCAUUCCUCAUUUUCUUGCAGCAGACAUUUGGUGGGCGCUUCCUUCUUCCUAAGAGAUUUAGACAAAAUUUAGUGUACGAGAGAGUGCCUGUAGUUAACACUGAUACAGAAUAA